GGCCCGGCCGAGCCGGGAGGCGGAGCGGAAGCGGAGUGUGAGCGGCGAGAAGUGUAGGAUCUCCACCAGCUGGAAACCAACCUCGUUCCUGAUUCCCAGUCGCGUCUUUUCUCCAUCUCAACCUAGAGGCUGCUUCACCAGCACGGGACGCAGCUGACGCCCUCUAAUCGGCUUUCGCUGCACAGCCCCAGAGCCCCUUGGCGGCGGCGACAGUGACGAGAACCCCACAGACAAGAGUUAAUUGAGAGUUGGAGGCCGCCUUGCUGAAGAUGAAGAGUAUGCCAUAUUAGUGGAGGAGGAAUUUUUUUUUUUUUUUUUUUUUGCUUCAGAAGUCUUGGCUGACUGGUGGCUUGUCUCUGGUGGUUACCACUUUCUAGCUGAGUCUGCUUGCUUCAUGAGACAUGAUUUUUACAAUCUCAAGAAAAAAUAUGUCCCAGAAGUUGAGUUUACUGUUGCUUAUAUUUGGACUUAUUUGGGGACUGAUGUUACUCCACUAUACUUUUCAACAACCAAGACAUCAAAGCAGUGUCAAGUUACGUGAACAAAUACUAGAUUUAAGCAAAAGGUAUGUUAAAGCUCUAGCAGAGGAAAAUAAGAACACAAUGGAUGUCGAGAAUGGAGCUUCGAUGGCAGGAUAUGCGGAUCUAAAAAGAACAAUUGCUGUCCUUUUGGAUGAUAUUUUACAACGGUUGGUGAAACUAGAGAACAAAGUCGACUAUAUUGUUGUGAACGCUUCAGCAGCCAACACUACUAACGGCACUAGUGGGAAUCUGGUGCCAGUGACCACAAACAAAAGGAUUAACGCUUCAGGCAGCAUUAGAUAGCAGUUGAAGAUCACCUGUGCUGCUACAUCCACCGUGGACCAUAUCCUAGGGCAGAGAAGCUUUUACAACAAAACGCUGGCUAGGAUUGCGUUAUGCUUUACAAUCAGAGCUCUCCACACUUCAAGGAAUAUGCUGGAUUCAUGGAACUCAAUUCUGUACAUAAGUUUUAAAAGUUAUUAAUAGUUUGCUUUCAGACAAGUCUCUUCCAUGCUGUACUAUAUCCUUAAAGGGAAUUUGGAAAAACGUUUGAUGUGGUAUGCAGGUAGGUGAUCUUUGUAUAAACCUUUUGUGUUUGAGAUUCAAGAUGAAAUAAAAACAUCGAAAGACAUGGGUUCAUUCUAUAAAAUAUUUAUUUAAAUAUAUAACAUGUUUUUCAGACGAGUGAAGAAUAUUGUUAUUAAAUCAUUAUUUGUUCUUAAUGUAUAUAACCAUUAGACUAAUACUGUUAGAAAGUGUGCUGACUUCCAGUACUAUAUUUUGUUACCCAGAUUAUGAGCAGAGAAAGGAAGUAUCAUGUUGAAAAUGAUGUUUUGAAAUCUUGACCCAAAGAAUGUCUUCAUUUGCACUAUCCUUCAGAGUAACUGGAGGUUAAUUAUUGUAUAUUUUUAAAAAUUACAUUUAUAUGAGUAUAAUCUUGAAAUGGGUAGUAGCCACUGUCUGUAACCUAUUCUAAACAUUGGGACAAUUAAAUAACAUUUAAAUAGUAAUCUCUAAUCUCAUAUGUAAGACUUUCUUACAUGUAUUCUGAAGAAUACAAGAUAUUUUUAUGAUGAAAUUAAAAAUAAAUAUUCAUGAUUUUUUUCACAGAUGUGAAUGUUAAUUUAAAAGUUUAACCCUUUCAAUGUCAGGAAAGCACAUUAUUUCCAUAUGUGGAUAAUUUUGUCUUUAUGUUGGUAGGGGAAGGGGGACAGAGAUAUUUGUGAAAUGGGCUCCUAAUUCAGCCAGAUGUAUAGGUGCAUAAAGGUGUUUGUACUGCAUUAAACUGCUUGGAAAAUGUUAACAUUGUAUUAUAUAAGCAUAUCCUGCUUUAUGAAAUUUUAGAUUUGUGUAACAGAUACAUUAGAUGUUUGUUUUAUGUAAUGGCUACUUAAAAAUAAGAACAUUUAAGAUAUAAUUUAAAUUAUAAGAUUGACUAUCUUUUUAGGAAAACAGUUGAUGUAUAUAGCACAAGAGAUCCUAAUCUUAAUUCUAAUAUAGAGUGAAGGACACCUUUAUUUAAAUUUCCCAUGUAGCAGAUUUAAUUGCCAUAUGGUGCCCUAUAUUUCAUAGUAUUUAUUCUCUAUAAUAAAUACUUAAGUGCAGCUAGCUUCUAGAUUUAGACUAUAUUGAAUUUAGUUUUGGAUAUUGUUCAUUAUUAUAAUAUGCUACCACACAUAGUAGCAAUAAUUAUAAUGUUUUAUUAAAAUAAGUAUGAGAAAAUAUUAUAUCAUAAAAGGUAGCUUUCCAAACUUUUUCUGUACUCUACCUUUAUGUGAAGAAAUUAAUUACAUACCAUUGCCAGGUAAGGUUUGGAAUAAUUGUUGGGUCUUAUUAGAUGUGGACAUUUUUGUUUUUUGUUGUUCUUUUCAGGGAUGAAAUAAAAUAUAUUAUUUGUACUUA